CUUAGACCCCAAGAAAAUAAAAUUACCCUGAAUCAUGCAUACAGAAAACUUAGAACCCAAAAAAUAAAAAAAAUAAAUUACCCUAAGUUUUUUAUAAGGGUAAUUUUCUAUAAGAAAUAAUUAUGUAUGAAUAAUUAAAAAAGACUUAGAAUCCAAUAAAAGCAAUUACCAUAAAUCAUAAAAACGUGUUGCUUUUUAAACUCCCGCCGGUGUUGUUAUUAUGUUGAUCUAAUUGGUUUACAGAAUCUGACAAAUUUGGUUCGGUUUAACCUAAACCGGUUCGCUUGCUUUUAUCCAAUCAAUGAAGUUACAAGAUUCAUGUUGGUUUCAGUUUAAUCAUUAACGGUUUUAACGGUUAAAAGAACCAUGCAUGCACCUUCUUUUAAUAUAAGAAAAGCAAAGGUUUAUCCAAGAAACUCUCACACGACUCAAAAAUCUUUCUGAGCGAGCUUUCAUGGCGUCUCCACAGCGUUCUUGGUCGCUGUCAUCUCUGCCACUCGAUAUGAUAGAAGAAAUAUUCCACAGAACUCCGGCUGAAUCUCUCCUCCGAUCUAAACCGACGUGCAAGAAAUGGUACGAUCUCAUCAAGAACAAGAGGUUCAUCUACGAACACUUGCGUCGCUCCCCGGGAAGAUCCCUUAGAACCGAUGAGAGACGGUUCCUAAGAAUCGACCAGACGGUACAAAUCAUGGAACCGGUGACAAUAACACGCUCAGAGAAACCGAUCCCACACGAGCUCCAACCACUAGAAAACAUCAAAGCCAUGGUUCACUGCGACGGACUCAUGUUAUGUAUGUGUAGCGACAUGGAAUCAAGAAUCGUCCACCUCGCUCUUUGGAAUCCCCUCACGAGGCGUAUCGCAUUGAUCCAGCCCUCGACACGUUUCACGACUUCUGAUCACUACGGGAUUGGACACGGCGUUAACAAGUAUCGAGAUGGUUACAAGAUCCUUAGGUUUUCCGAUCGCCGUUAUGCUGAUCAUUAUCAUUGUGAAGCUGAUGUUGAGAUUUAUUACUGCGAGACGAGUACGUGGAGAGGUCUUAAUGAUGCUAAGGUUGACUGGACUAUGGAUUUGACGUGCCAAGGUGUGUCUGUUAUGGGGAACAUGUAUUGGCUUGCUCGCAGGAUUGUUCAGAUGAUUAUAGAAGACUUCAUUCUAUGUUUCGAUUUCUCGGUUGAAACAUUCAAGGACGUAUGCUUUUGUCCUCUCUAUAAUAUUAACAAUUACUUGAGCUGUUUCGAUGGAGAUAGAUUGUCUUUCCUACAGCAAGAUGAAGCAGAGCCAAACAUUAUUGAGGUGUGGGCUACAAACAAGUUGGCUGAUGAUGGGGAUGAUGUCUCCUUUACCAAAUAUUUCCGUGUGGUCAACCCUGAUCUUCCGUCGCUACUGUUUGAUUAUAGAGAAAUGUCUAGUCAGCCGGUGUACUACAUUGCCAAGAACAAACGUAUCAUUGCAUGGUGCGAGGGAGUGGUGCGUGACGGUGAUAAAUUCCCUAUUUGCAUCGUUCUUUAUGAAAUUGAUGAGGGUGGUUUACGUAAUCAACGUGUGACAGAACUACACUACGAGAAUGACUAUGUUGGCACCUUCCUUUGUGGUUACGUGUACGUUCCAAGUUUAGUCCCUCUUCCAUGAUAAGAGAAAGAGAGUUUGUUUCAUGUUCUAAGCUUUACUUUUAGACUUUUAGUCCUUUUUUUUGUGUUGAUCUUUACUGAAAUUGACUCAGAAUCUCAAGUCAUCUUUGUUGUUCAAUAAAAACUAAGAUACACGCCGGAAAGAAAUGCAAUUGUUGUUCAUUUA